AUGCGCCCAUUUCGAGUCAACGAUCCAGAAUGCAGAUCCCUCUUCUCUUCUGUUUGUGAACUUCUCGAUGAGUUUGUAGAUCAGAUCUUCACUGAAGUUCUCGAAUUUCAAGACGAUGACAGAUGCAUUGAGAGCCAGGAGGUCUUCAUCGGAGACAAUGCAUGUGCACUCCAUCUGGAAAUUGGGAAGAACUUGUUCAAGGAGAUACUUUUCAAAUCUGACGACCCCAUCCAUUUGCAGGAAGACAAACUCGGAAUCCGCGCAUCUUCCACCUGUCCCAUUCAUUUCGACAACGUCCGUGUUCCCAAGUCGGCGAUUUUGGGAGAAUACGGAAAAGGCUACAAGUAUGCGAUCGAGUGCCUCAACGCCGGAAGAAUCGGAAUCGGAGCUCAGAUGCUCGGUCUGGCUCAAGGAUGUUUCGAUCAGACGAUUCCAUAUCUUCAGCAGAGAGAACAGUUUGGAGAGAGACUUAUCGAUUUCCAGGGAAUGCAACACCAAAUCGCUCAAAUCCGUACCGAAAUCGAGGCCGCCCGUCUGUUGGUCUACAACGCUGCUCGUAUGAAGGAGAACGGUCUUCCAUUCGUUCGUGAGGCGGCUAUGGCGAAACUUUUCGCUUCUCAGGUCGCUACCAACACCACUUCAAAGUGUGUCGAAUGGCUGGGAGGUGUCGGUUUCACUAAAGAAUUCCCCGUGGAGAAAUAUUAUCGUGACUGUAAAAUUGGAACAAUUUACGAGGGGACAUCCAAUAUUCAACUGAAUACAAUUGCUAAACUUAUCGAUUUGGAAUUCAAAAAUAAGGCUUAG